ACUAGUACUACAUGACAAUAGCUGACUCCGAACCACAAACUAGUCAUCUAGUCUCUGAAUUCCAUUCGGUUGUUUUCACACGUACGACUCGCCGUUUCGUUACACAAUAACAUAACUUACAUUAUGCCACUUACCACAUCAAAGCUAGAAAAGACAUACUAUAAUUUAAUGUUUACGACAAAGCAGUCGAAAAGGAUAUAACAAAAUAGAAUUACGAACCAGCAUUACUCGCUUACUUUCUUUCAUUAGAGGGUUGGAUGGGCCUGCUCGUCUCCUUUGAUGUCUUAUUGGUGCAUUACUGUGUGGUAUACGUGUGCUUCAGUGCAGUGAUAACAGGUAACUCACUUACAGUGACGGUGGAUGAGGCACGAACUGACUGAACGCUGUCUUUUGUAGGGAGUUGGGAGAAAAACCAUCAUCAGGUGUUUGUACUUACGGAAUGGAAACCAUCAUGAAUGCCCAGUAGACACACCUGUCCGUUUAGACUGCUAUAAUGGAGAUUGCGUAUGUUUGUCUAUCCGUGUUAUUGACAGGUAGCCCUGUAGUAUUAGGCUGGUCAGCGAAUGGAGAAAUGGCCGUACGACAGGACUACAUAGAGACAGACACGUACCACUACCUCGUACGUCCAAACGCGACAGUACAGACCAAGGUUGGCCUCAGCAUUCUUACCAUAAAUGGACUGGAUAACACGGCGCAGCAAUUCUCUGUGACGGGCUGGCUAACAGUGGAAUGGAAUGACGAACGGUUGUCAUGGACACCUGAUGCAACCUAUGACGCAGAUCACGUGUAUUCUACUUUCGGCGAAAUUUGGAUCCCUGAACUCUUCAUCGACAACUCAGUGGAAGACGUGUCAGUUCUUUACGAUGAAAAUCUCUUCCUCAGAGUAACUCAUACUGGGAGGGUCGACUUAGACUAUCCCCGUAUAUUCCAUAUCACCUGUAAUGUCGACGUGACGUCAUUUCCGUUUGACACCCAGACAUGUGUCCUAGAGCUAACUAGUUGGGCAUACACCAUCGAAGAGCUGGACCUCAUGCACCUGUUGCCAGAAGUCAACGCCCGGCUACUUAGUCCUAAUGGUGAAUGGACCUAUCUCGGUUCUAGUGUUGAUCGUGACGUCAUUAUCGAAACAACACCAUCUGGACAAAUGAAAUACGCAAUGCUGAGAUACAUUAUGAAACUAGAACGAAAGAGGGCUUUUUAUGUGACUAAUAUCAUACUUCCAGUUACAUUGACUGCCAUAUUAAAUGUACUGGUCUUCAUGAUCCCUAACGACUCGGGGGAGAAGAUCGGCUACGCACUGACCAUUUUGCUGGCGUUAGCGGUUCUGCUGACCAUGAUCGCGGACAGCAUGCCGCACACAUCGUUGCAUCUAUCAGUGUUGUCGUUUUAUCUCGCCCUGACGUUAUGUGUGUCAGUCUUCUGUGUCGCCUGCUCUGUCGUUAUUCUUCGCCUCUAUCUGAAGGACCCGAACGAGGAACGGCCGGGAUGGGCAAAAUUCAUAUGGAGGCAUGUCGGAUUUUUAGUUCGAUCAACUGUUUAUCAAAGUGAAAAGAAGUUUGAACAUGUCAAUGUCAAUGGUGAUUCCGAGCGCAAACCCUUGUCGUCCGACACCGGGACAGUCAUGCUCGAUAAUAUUGCAGAGAUGAUCCCUACGUGGGCAGAUGUUGCUAACGCCAUGGACUGGAUCGCCUUCUUCGUUAACACGGCAGUCAUCGUCUUUGCCACUAUUAUCAUCAUGAUCAUUCUACAACUGCUGUCUCAGGAUAAUGCGACACCACACAGCUGCGACUCUGCAGCAAGCAAGUACUCGACCAUGCAUGUAUCUACAACAAUGCAUUAUAGACUGUCGAGUCUGGUCUGCCUGCUUAUGCACGCAAGCUGCGUUGCAUGCUGGUCAUCUCGGGGUGAGCUAGACAUCCGUAAGACAGUGUUUAAGAAGAACGUGUACAACAGAAUGGUCAGACCCGACGUGAACAUGACAGCAAAGGUGGGCCUUAAUCUCCUCUCUAUCAACGAUCUGAGCAUGGUGGACCAGAGCAUGUCUGUGAUCGGAUGGCUGACAGUGGAAUGGUAUGAUCACCGACUAGAGUGGGCAAAGGCAAAUUACGAUGACGUAGAUCACAUUUAUGCGUCGGACAACGAUGUUUGGAAACCUGAGCUCUUCAUCGACAAUUCUGUUGACGACGUGUCCAUACUACAGGACGACAAUCUAUUGUUCCGUGUGGCUGACACUGGGAAGGUAGACUGGGAAAUGCCUCAGAUAUUCGUCACUUCCUGUACCAUAGACACCACCUACUACCCCUUUGAUACUCAGGAGUGUGCCAUCGACGUCACUAGCUGGGCUUACACGAUGGCGGAACUGGACCUCUUCCACCUGUGGGAGGAUAUCAACGUCGAGGAUCUUGUAGAAAACGGUGAGUGGUUGUACGUCACCUCCAGAGUGGAGAUGUCAGUAAUCACAGACACGACAGCCACUGACGUGAAGAAAUUCUCACUCCUCAAGUUCGUCGUCAUCCUCACUCGCCGCUAUGACUACUACGUCACUAACGUUGUACUUCCUGUCCUCAUUACGUCAUUUCUUGUUACCCUCGUCUUCAUACUUCCGGUGGAUUCCGGAGAGAAGGUGUCGUACUCCGUGACUGUGUUACUGGCCUUGGCUGUGCUCCUGACCCUGAUCGCUGACAGUAUGCCCAGCACGUCGAUAUGUGUGUCGAUUUUGUCCGUGUACCUAGCCUUUACCAUGAUCAUGGGCGUACUGGCGGUGGGGUUGUCGGUACUGGUCCUCCGUAUCCACUUCAAGGACCCCGAAAAUCCCGUACCCGUCUGGCUUCAUAAGAUAACCAGGAGACUGUUUGCGAGAGGGGCGUGCUGGAGAGGCUACUGCUGCUGUCGGAACAGAAAAGAAUCUCCAAAUAUGAUGCUUCUACCGCAGUAUAGCGAGGAGUACAAUAGAGCUAUCUUGAUGUACUCCUGGCCAGAGAUAGCGGCCAUAUUUGACUGGUUUCUGUUCGUUGUAUUCUUCUGGUCAACACUUGUCAGUACGGUAGUGUUUAUGAUAUUUCUGAGGAUCGGAGGAACAAUACAUUAGUGAUUCAAUGGUAGGGGAAGUUGUUUUAACGACUGGCAAGCAUCUUAAAUAUUAUUUACGAUAGCAUGCAACACUAAUCCAUAAUGCGCGGUAUGUU